AUGCACGCGAUGCUUACCAACAGCAUUCGGGCCACAGCGAGGGCGUCUCGCUCUCCCUUGAGUGGCGCUUCUCAGGCAACUCGAUCGCUGGCCACAGUCUCGGACUCGCCCGUCCAGCAUGGUGCCUCUGGAUCCAACAGCCACAAGGUCGUCGUCAUUGGAGGUGGCUCAGCUGGUAUGGCUGUCAGUCACCAACUCGCUCGAUCCGGUGGAUUCGCUCAGGACGACAUCGCCAUCGUUGACCCCUCGGAAUGGCACCACUACCAGCCCGGCUGGACGCUCGUCGGAGGCGGUCUCAAGGACAAGCGCGACCUCCGUCGACCCCUCGCGUCGCUCCUUGACCCUCAACUCAAGCACUACGCCUCCGCCGUCGACUCCUUCGCGCCAGAGCAGAACCAGAUCACACUGGCCAACGGUGACAAGAUUGCCUACGAACAGCUCGUCGUAGUUCCCGGUCUCAGCAUCAACUACAAAGCCAUCAAAGGUCUGCCAGAAGCGCUUGCCGACUCGUCUUCUCUCGUCUCGACCAUCUACGGCUACGACACAUGCGACAAGGUCUUCGACACCAUCUCAAAGCUCAAGUCCGGAAAAGCCAUCUUCACGCAGCCUGCGGGCGUGAUCAAGUGUGCCGGUGCUCCUCAGAAGGCCAUGUGGCUGGCGCUGGAUCACUGGAAGAAGGCGGGUCUCUACAACCCUGCUGAUCCCGCCAACUCGCCCAUCUCGAUCGACUUUGCCACGGGUCUUCCCGUCAUGUUUGGCGUGCCCAAGUACAGCGAGCGUCUCAACGAGCUUCGUCAGCAGCGCGGCGUCGAGGGGCUCUUCCAGCACGACCUCGUCGCCAUCGAGGGUAAUGAGGCGGUGUUCGCUCGACCCGACGGCGCCGAGCAGGUGCGAAAGCAGUUCGAUCUGCUCCACGUCACUCCGAAGAUGGGGCCCUUGGCUGUAAUCAAGGAGAGCCCGCUGGCCGAUGGAGCUGGUUUCGUCGAUGUGGACCAGGAGACGACGCGUCACAAGCGAUUCGACAACGUGUGGAGUAUCGGCGAUGCAUCGUCUCUGCCCACGUCCAAGACGGCUGCAGCCAUCACGGCGGAAACGCCGGUGCUGGUGCGCAACCUCACACAGAGCAUGCAGGGUAAGGAGCUGGACGCGGCGUACGACGGAUACACCUCGUGCCCGCUGCUCACCGAGUACGGCAAGGUGAUGCUGGCCGAGUUCAAGUACGGCGGUCAGCCUAAGGAGACGUUUGGCAGCCUGUUUGGCAUCGAUCAGGGUGUGCCCAGGACAGCGUUCUACCACUUGAAGAAGGACUUCUUCCCUUGGGUCUACUACAACUCGUACGUCAAGGGCACGUGGGGUGGGCCUAAAGGCUUCUCCUUCGCAGCCGCACCGCUGAGUCCUGAGGCUGUUGCUGGCAAGCGCACCUUCUCCUCGUCAUCCCGAGCUCAGCUUCCUGGCUCUCGACGUGGGUUUGCAACAUCGAGCGUCGGUCUGCGCAACACGCCCGCUCGCCGACCGCGCGACCCGCUCGAUGCCUCCCCCGACGCCACACGCCACACGCUCCCCUCGGGCGAGACCUUCAUCGUCCGCCCGCCUCCCUCCGCCACUCCCUCCAGCUCGACCAUCUACCAACCCCAACCUCUCCUCAACGCUGUUCCCUCCACGCCCUCCUCCAGCCUCCCAGCCGCUCUGCGACCCAACACGCGCUCUCCCGCCACCCAGAGCACCAUCACCCCCGAGCAGAUCGCCACCAUCCAGCAGCUGCGCGCCAAAGACCCCAUCACAUACACCAAAUCGCGUCUCGCCAAGGAGUUCAACUGCAGCCCGCUGUUCGUCUCCAUCGUCGCUCCCCUGCCCAAGGCGGUGAAGCAGGCCAAGAAGCAGCAGGACGAGCUGAAGAAGCAGAGCUGGGGGUUGAACAAGCGCGUUGCCCGAGCCGAGCGCGAGGAGCGUCGCUUGCUGUGGUGA